AUGGUCCCACUUAAUAUGACUCAAUUUCAUCCCUCUUCUUUCCUUCUUCUGGGGAUCCCUGGGCUGGAAAAUAUGCAUCUCUGGAUUGGUUUUCCUUUCUUUGCUGUGUUUCUGACAGCUGUGCUUGGAAAUAUCACUAUCCUUUCUGUGAUUCGGAAUGAGAGUACUCUCCACCAGCCCAUGUUCUACUUCCUGGCCAUUCUGUCAUCUAUUGACCUGGGCCUGUCCACAUCCACCAUCCCUAAAAUGCUUGGCAUCUUCUGGCUUACCCUGAGAGAAAUCACUUUUGAGGGCUGCCUCAUUCAGAUGUUCUUCAUCCACCUGUACACUGGCAUGGAGUCAGCUGUGCUUGUGGCCAUGGCCUAUGACCGCUACGUGGCCAUCUGUAACCCUCUUCGCUACACGCUGGUGCUGACAAACAAAGUGGUAUUCAGCAUCGCAUGGAUAAUUCUACUGAGACCUUUGUCUUUUGCCGUACCCUUUGUUCUACUCAUCCUAAGGUUACCAUUUUGUGGAAACCGAAUUAUCCCGCACACUUAUUGUGAGCACAUGGGCAUUGCCCGCCUGUCCUGUGCCAGUAUUCGGGUCAACAUCAUCUAUGGCUUAUGUGCCAUCUCUAUCCUGGUGUUUGACAUCAUAGCCAUCGUCAUUUCUUAUGUCCAGAUCCUUCGUGCUGUAUUUCGACUCUCUUCCCGUGAUGCUCGAGUCAAGGCACUCAGCACUUGUGGCUCGCAUGUGUGUGUGAUGUUGACUUUCUAUACUCCUGCAUUUUUUUCAUUCAUGACCCAUAGGUUUGGCCAGAAUAUACCACGCUAUAUCCACAUUCUUCUGGCCAAUUUCUAUGUGGUUAUUCCACCUGCUCUCAACCCUGUAAUUUAUGGUGUCAGAACUAAACAGAUUAGGGAACAAGUACUGAAAGUCUUUUCCAAGAAAUAA